AUGGAAGAACAGUCUUCUACAUCCACUGGGUCGGGCUCACCACCCAAACCAUCCAAGCAGAUACGUCUAGAUGGAAGAACCCUCGAAGGAGGUGGGCAGUUGGUCCGCAUUGCCCUGGCAUUAUCCUCUCUGACCGGUCGCUCGGUGAUCAUCGACCACAUCCGCGGGAACCGAGAAGGGAAGAAGGGUUUGAGAGGUUCUCACGCAGCAGCAGUUCAGCUCUUAGCCGAUAUCAGUGGCAGCAUUGUCUCUGGUGGCGAUGUUGGAUCUCAGUCUCUGUGUUUCUUUUCUCCUCACGACGAUGUUUCUCCAUUAAUUUCCGCUUCACGCGCAAGCUUGAUUUCGCCAUCCAACUUGCGCGUCCAGUCCGAGUAUGACAUUCGUCUCCCAACGGCAGGAUCUAUUUUCUUGGUCUUCCAGGCCUUGUACCCCUACCUGCUGCAUGUCGGAUCGCAAGCAGCAACACCCUGUAUCAAGGCAACCAUCACGGGGGGAACUAACGUAUCAUACGCCCCAUCGUACGACUACGCCUCCCAGGUAAUGGCACCCAACUUUGCUCGGCUUGGUCUUCCCCGUCUCUCUGUACAACUGCAUAGUCGUGGCUGGUCAUCUGGAUCGACGAAUCUCGGGGCUGUGAGUUUCUUCGUUCACCCACUUGGCUCGUAUGAAGGCCAGGAUGGAGAGAUAGAAGAUAAAACAUUGGCCGAGGGUCAAAACGAUGAUACUUUACGCCCACGGGGCUGCUUUCCGCGGAUCAGCAUUAUGGACUAUGAGCGUGGGAAAAUGACUCGGAUCGAUAUCACUGUUCUUGCACCCGAUAACCCUUGUCUGGGUGCAUCUACAGUUCGCCAAUAUGCCGAACACGCCAUUCAACACACACUCCGCCAUGAGCUAAAGUCAUUGGACCCGUCGAUAUUUGAAACACACUCACCUCGCCAUCAUGACCCAUUGUCCGACACACUGGAAGGAGAUCUUCCAGUUCUUAUUCAUAUCCACACAUCAGAGCGCACAUACCAUCGCAGCCACCUCUAUUUUCUUAUUGUGGCACACACAUCAACAGGGUUUCGAAUUGGCCAUAACGCUCUGUUUGGUAGUUACGGUGGCGAUCAACCCAAGAGGGCGAAGCACCACAAAAAGAGGAAAGGGCCCAAGGACAAGUCUAGAAAUUCUCAGGACGAUGUGGCUGUGGUUCAGAACUUGGUUGAUCAAUGUGUGCAAGGGUUUAUCCAGGAAGUCACCAACCAAAACCCGGAUAUGCGUACAGAUCAAGCACCUGAUUCUGAAAUUGGGAAGAGGGCCUGUCUGGACAUGUACAUGAGGGAUCAAAUUGUCGUUUUUGAGGCACUGGGGCAACUUUGCGGAGAGAACAUGAAGAAGAAACCCGGGGAACAUGACUCGAAGAUGGAGGAUGAGCGAUAUUGGACAUUGCAUACAAAAACUGCGCAGUGGGUGUGCUCGCAGAUGCUAGAUGACCAAACAUAA